AUGGCUGGCAGCAGAUUUCGCCCCCUCGGACUGGGGACCAGCACCUGCAAACGGACCUCGGGCAUCUUCACUCGCCCACGCGGCCAGCAGAAACUGACCCACGCCACGCCGCUCGUGGGCUACAACACCGCCCAAAUGGGCAAGUGCAACGAGAGGGAUCCCGGGAGAACGGGGGUCUCCAAGGACGGAGGCAGCCUCCACAGAGAAGGGGGUCCUCGAGGGGAAGGAUUCCCCAGGCGGGGUUCUCCAGCAGAAGAGGGUCCCCAAGGAGAGCGGGUGCCCAAGGGGGAUUUCAGCUGCACCUUCACCUACUCGGCCCAGGGCGGCACAAACGAGCAAUGGCAGAUGAACGUCGGAGUGAGCGAGGACAGCGGGCUCUUCUCCUGCUCCGUCCGGAGGCCUCAAGGGAAGUCUUAUCUUUUCUUUACCCAGUUUAAAGCUGAAGUGAAAGGAGCCAAGAUUGAGUAUGCCAUGGCUUAUUCUCAGGCUGCUGCGGGUGCCCUGAGCGACAUCCCCUUGAAACAGGAAGAAUUUGAGAUCUCUGAAACAGCAGUGUCUCACAGGGAAGGCAAGUUCCGUUUCGAGCUCUCCAAACUCGUGAUUGCAGCAAAAUCCGCCCGGGACGAGCUGUGAGCCCGGGGCCAGCGUGGCACCCACGGAUUUCCUGGUCACCUGCAGGGCUUUUCUUUUGGCUGGCUGAACCUUUUAUGUUUUCCAUACUGAAGUGUGCUGGGGACUGACAUGAAUUGGGCCUGGAGGUGUGAGGACAGGCUUGUUCUGCCUUGUGUCACAGUGGCAGCUGGAGAUCCCCUGUGCCCCUUCCUGCCUGGCUGAGCAGGACACAGCUCCCUGCAGAGGGCUCCUUAUCUGCUCCUGGAGCAGCAGGGCAGGGAGAUAAGUGGCUGGACUUAAGCAGGGUUUGCUAAAGGGAACUUGUUAACUCUGUAUUCUCUGGAGGGGAGAUGGGAUUUCUCUCUCCAGCAGCGUGACAGGAGGAAAUAAUUAAUCUAUUUCUUUCUCUCCCCCUCUGUUUCCCUCUAACUCUACUUCCCUCUCACUGUAUUUCCCCCUAUUUCUUGCUCUCUUUCUUUCUCUGUCUCUCUCUAUUUCCCUUUCUCUCUCUCUCUCUGUUUCUUUCUCUUUCUAAUUUUCUUUUCCUUUCUAGCUUUAAAAAAGCAGCAGUAGAAACUUUCACACUCCCUGGGAGUAAAUUAAAAACAUUUUAAAAACUUUUAAACAUUCAAAUAAAAACAUUUACUCCCCGGGAGACUGAAAUUUUUAUAGUGUUUGUUUUUUUUUUCUUUUUAUGCAUACUCUAUAGGGACCCUAACCAGCAGCCCCGCCCCUGGGGAGGGGUUUGCCCCGAGCUCUGGUUCCAUGUGGGGGUGUGGCUGGGCUGGGAUCGUUCGGAGGGGGGAAG